UUCAUGGGUAACCUCCUGAAAGUGCUGGCUUGCUCCGAUCUUGAGCAUGGCCCAAUCAUUUUCCUUGACUUUGAACAUGCCCAGCCUACGGAGGCAGAGACGACGGUAUGGAACCAGGUCAGUGCUGUCCUGGAGGAGGCCCACGGCAUCCUGGCUGAACUACAGUCUUAUAACGGGGCGGGACAAGAGAUACGAGAGGCCAUCCAGAACCCAGGUGAUCUGCAGCUACAGGAGAAGGCCUGGAACGCAGUCUGCCCGCUGGUGGCCAAGCUCAAACGCUUCUACGAGUUCUCCCUCCGACUGGAGAACGCCCUGCGUAGCCUGUUGGAGGCGCUGACGAGCCCUCCCUACGCUCCCAUGCAGCACCUGGAGAGAGAGCAGGCCCUGGCCAAACAGUUUGCAGAGAUACUCCACUUUACACUCAGCUUCGACGAACUAAAGAUGACAAACCCAGCCAUUCAGAAUGACUUCAGCUACUACAGGAGGACGAUCAGUAGAAACAGGUUGAACAACCAGCAGUUGGAGGCAGAGAACGAGGUGAACAACGAGAUGGCCAAUCGGAUGUCUCUGUUCUACGCCGAGGCCACACCCAUGCUGAAGACCCUGAGUAAUGCCACCACCAAGUUUGUGUCAGAGAAUAAGACCUUACCCAUUGAAGACACCACCGACUGCCUGAGCACCAUGGCCUGUGUGUGUCGCGUCAUGCUGGAGACACCUGAGUACCGUUGUAGGUUCACCAACACAGACACUGUGUUGUUCUGUAUGAGGGUGAUGGUGGGAGUGAUCAUCCUGUACGACCAUGUCCACCCUGUAGGAGCCUUCGCCAAGACAUCCAAAAUAGACAUGAAGGGUUGCAUCAAGGUGCUGAAAGAGCAGCCUUCCAACAGCGUGGAGGGACUACUGAACGCACUGAGGUAUACGACCCGACAUCUAAACGACGACAGCACCUCCAAACAAAUCAGGGCUCUUCUUCAAUGAGAGAUGGAAGAGAGGCGAGAGUGAAGGAGAGAGCGAGAGAGAGAGAGAGAGAGAAGCAGAGCGAGAGAGAGAGAGAGAGAGAGGGAGAGAGAGAGAGAGAGAGUACACACGGAGGGAGGAGAAGAAACAACGAGGGAGAACAAACUGUGGUGGCUGAAUCCUGUUUGUUUAUGAAAAGCGAAAUGAUCAGGUCUGAUAAAAAAAUGAACUGAUGAAAAGAAGAAGUUUAUGUAUUGUUCAUCAUUCUGUCUCUCAUUUUGUAAAAAAAGAAAAUGAAGGAAAAUAAUCUAUAGAGAUAUAUAUUAAAGAGAAAAAAAACUCAACAAGUGUUACCAGAUUUCUAAUAAGUAAGACUAAAGACGAAGAACAACAAGGGAAGAGCUAUAUUAGAAAAAUAUACGGUCAGGAAAUAAAACUGAAGCAAAAAAAUGAAAAUAAACAAAAAGGUUCAUAUUCCGUACAACAACGUUAGUCUGAAGAAUAUUUUUUGCAUUCACGUAGAAUAAUAACAGCGCUGUCUGUCAGUCUCCACCUAGUCGCUGGAAAGGUUUAAACCGGGCUCCAUUACAAACUGUAAAGAAUAGACUGGGAUUAACAAAACGGCCUGAUUCCAAACCAAUGGCUUCUUCUUUUCCAAAAGUCCUUGUUGACUCCCCUUGAUCUAAAAUGACUUGGCAUUGGAAGCAUUAUGGUGGAAACCCUUCAUAACAUACCAGAAGGCUAAUGGGAGCUUUAACUGUAUUGCUGAUACCAAUCCAAACAAUUUGUCAGAUUGUCAACAAGGUCCUAAGGUUCGGGGAGAGGUAUUGGUUUGGGACCGGGCCCCUGAGUACAUUAUGCUCAGUCACUGCAUUGAAGGUCCAUCCCAAUAGUUUGAAGGGGCUUCCUAUUCUCCUCGUCUCCUCUGCUUGUCUCCUCUCCUCCAUUUACACUGAACUGAAAACACAGGCGUUAAGUAAGUAUUGCAGAUCAAGAAAAGGGGACGAGGAGACAAGGAGGGGAAGCUAUUUUACUGUAUUCACAUGCACCCAGACACUGCUCAUCACACACCCACUCCGACCCCAACCCCCCACCCUCACCCCACCUACUUGAAUCGUAACCACAGGAACUGUGGGAGAUUUUGGCACUAGUACGUGAUGUUAUGCCGUAAAUGGAGUAUGUGAAGAAUUUUGGUGAUUCAGCCCUCUCUUUAUGGUGCUAAAACCUUUAACUAUCUACAUAAAACCUCACACAACGUUUCAUACACCUAGUGCCAAAGCUACCGCAUCAUCAGCAGGUGAGGAUUGGGUUAAAGGAGAUACCGACGGCUAGCCUUGUAACACCGCUUGGUAUCUAUCUUUAGGGGGUUAAAGGAGAUACAGACGGCUAGCCUUGUAACACCGCUUGGUAUCUAUCUUUAGGGGGUUAAAGGAGAUACAGACGGCUAGCCUUGUAACACCGCUUGGUAUCUAUCUUUAGGGGGUUAAAGGAGAUACCGACAGCUAGCCUUGUAACACCGCUUGGUAUCUAUCUUUAGGGGGUUAAAGGAGAUACAGACGGCUAGCCUUGUAACACCGCUUGGUAUCUAUCUUUAGGUGGUUAAAGGAGAUACAGACGGCUAGCCUUGUAACACCGCUUGGUAUCUAUCUUUAGGGGGUUAAGGAGAUACCGACAGCUAGCCUUGUAACACCGCUUGGUAUCUAUCUUUAGGGGGUUAAGGAGAUACCGACGGCUAGCCUUGUAACACCGCUUGGUAUCUAUCUUUAGGGGGUUAAAGGAGAUACCGACGGCUAGCCUUGUAACACCGCUUGAUGUCUAUCUUUAGGGGGUUAAGGAGAUACUGACUGACUGCUAGCCUUGUAACACCGCUUGGUAUCUAUCUUUAGGGGGUUAAGGAGAUACCGACGGCUAGCCUUGUAAUACUGCUUGAUGUCUAUCUUUAGGGGGUUAAGGAGAUACUGACUGAAUGCUAGCCUUGUAACACUGCUUGAUGUCUAUCUUUAGGGGGUUAAGGAGAUACCGACGGCUAGCCUUGUAACACUGCUUGUUGUCUAUCUUUAGGGGGUUAAGGAGAUACUGACUGAAUGCUAGCCUUAUAACACCGCUUGGUGUUUAUCUUUAGUGGGUCCAAAAGGCUCCAGGACAUCACAGUCUACUGCUCCAGUCCCUACAUAGCCAACCAGCCAUCAGUAAACCAUAUUCUGUACAUUGUGAAAUCUUGGAUGUGCCACCUUGGAUGUUUUUGGGGAAUACUCUAUUGAAACAUAAAGAGAAGAGCAGAGACUUUCAGGGAGGGACAAAGACCUUAUCAUAACAAGAGGAUAUGUAAACACACAUAUAUGCACACAGGCACAGUCAUUAGAUUUCUCAUAGAGUCGCAGUGUAAAUAAGCGAGCGAGCUGAGUAUUUUCUCAUCAGGCACCUACAAGGCCAGCUCUGGUCCUCCAGGAUAGAAUACACAACAACAAUAACAAAUGUGCUUAUGUUCCACCAGACAUUUCUUCUUUUAGUAUGAGGAAAAAAAAAAAAAUGUUGUUGAUAAAGUGGGAAUUGAAAAUAAAGAAGUUGAAAAAAGGAGAUUUUUAAAAAGGCAGAGUUGUACUUUCCAUGUCUAUAGACCUCAGUCUAACUUCAGUUGAUCUUAUAAUAUAUAUUUUCUAUACAGGGGUAUGUGGUAACAAGCAUAUUCUGUAUAAAUAUAUAGAUGGCAUGUUGUAAAAGUUCUAACAUAAAAUGUGUACAUAAAAGGUGUUUUUAUUCAUUUUUAAUUGUUCAGUGAAGCUGAAAUUGGGUAUGUGUUAUCUCUCUCAGAAAUACCAUGGCUUGGCUUGGACCAUUGGACUUGCUGUAGUGAGUCAUAGGUUUAAAAAAAAAAAUCCCAACCUCAUCUUGGCGAAUGAA